AUGCACAUCACUACCGGUUUAAUUCCGCUACUUGCCUCUGCUGUGGGCAUCACUGCAGCGCCAAUAACCCUGCAUUCUGUCGCACGAGCCGUACCAGAUAUCAAUGAAGUCGCCCGCAACCCGGCACCUAUCGAUGAUAGAGUCAAUUGGGAUAAUCACGGCAAACCGACACUUGGCGAUAUCAGUCACCUCAGUCAGGAUGAUAUCAAGAAGCUCAAGGAACUCAUGAAACAUCUCCUUGGCGGCAGAGCGGUUGUUGAUGCUGACAGCAUUAUCGUGGAGAGGAGCGUCCCCGAUUUUCAUCGCCCAGCGAAGAACCCUGUGGAGAUCCGUCCGUAA